CACAUGUAGUGGAAGCAAUUCGUUGCUGAGAAUAUAUUUCGCAGUCAUUCGCAUUAGUUAUACCCUAAGUCAAAGCUAAAUAAAGACAAGAAAUCACCCCAGAACGAUUCGAUACCCACUCGCGUUGGCUUCAACUACUACAAAAUGCGUCUCCCAUACGCCCCCAAUCCGCCCCCAACAAGCACCCCCGAGGAAGCAGACAUCCUCGCACGAGUCCAAGCCCGACGGGGCGAGAACGGACUCCUCCCACUCGACUUGGCCCUUUUACACUCCUUCCCCGUCGCUGAUGGAUGGAAUGCCUUCCUUGGUGCCAUCCGGACUCGAACCACGCUCGCUGCAGACAUCCGCGAAAUCGCCAUCUGCCGCGUUGCCGUGAUCAAUUCCGCAUGGUUCGAAUGGGACCACCACGCGCCCUUACUGCGCGAAGCUGGGAUGGAUGAAGAGGGAAUGCGUGUCGUCGGUCAUGCGCAAGCAUCUGGGUCUGAGGGAGUGUUGAACCGAAAGCAGAAUGCGGUUCUUCAAUAUGCAGAUGCUAUGACGAAGAGUGUCAAGGUUCCUGAUGAGAUAUUUCAGGAAUUAAAAGAUAACUUUAGCGAGAAGGAGGUUGUCGAGAUCACAGCGACGGUUGCGGCGUAUAAUUGCGUGAGUCGGUUCUUGGUCGCGCUGGAUGUGGGAGAGAGGAACCGAUGAUGAUGGUGCUGUUGUUGCUGUAUUGUCGACUCGUAGAAUACAUGAGUAUUCUGUCAUGAUACUGUGAGAAUGGCAUUCUAUAACUGAGAAGA